AGCUUUACUCUAUGGCAGUAAAUUAGCUAUUAGACACUCACCAGAACUGGGUUUCCAACCAAAGCCCUUUAAGCUGGCAAAUCAGUGCCAAAAUAAAAGAUAAGACUUCUAGGAGGAAGGGUACCAGGCUGGAGCUGUAGCGUGAAUAAUGGGACAAAGUAAAAACCCUGUUCUGGUAAAACAUUUAAGAAAAUACAACUGACACUGCAUGUGUUGAUAUAUAAUAUGUAAGGUAUCAUAUGGAUAUGAAUAAUUAAUUAAGGCAAUGGAGAUUGGUUUGUUUCUAGAAAGAAAAGGUGAAUAAUUUUACUGCUUCAGAAAAGUAUAUAAAGACAUGUUUCUGUAUGUAUAAUUUAGACUUUCUGCAAACUGUCUCACUUUAUUGUUUCAAUAAAGUUUAAUUACAUUUUGAAAUCUACUAACCCUCUGUCUCUGAAGUUUUUUGUUAGGCUGGAAAGAUUUUUAGCCACGACACAUGCCAAUAUUCAGUUAUACUCAGCGCAACCUAUUAGCAACAGGAAGUGUCAUGUUUUACACAGUGAUGCACUGCUAUCAACAUAUUAAAAUAUGCCAGCAAGUGGUAAAUAUGCUAACAACAUGCUAGAAACAUGUUACACAAUGCUAGCAACACUUAGCUAAAUGUUAAACCGUGCUAUUACUGCUAUUAAACAGGAACUCAAGCAUACAAUGCCUAAUCUUCCCAAAACUUCACGUUUGAUACAAAGACAUCUACAUGCCAAUAUUCAGUUAUACUCAUGGCACCACCUGCUGCCAACAUGAACUGACGUUUUAGACUAACUCAGACAUACAGUGUUUAUUCUGCACCAAACUUCACAUAUUUGAUAUGAAUCCUGCCCUGAAGACAUCUACGUGCAAAUAUUCAGUUAUAGUCAUAGCGCCACUUACUGGCAACAGGAAAAUAGGUCAAAAAUAACUAUAUAAAUUCUAAAAAAUAGAAUGGCAUUCCCCUGGCAGAGCAGUGACAAUGUGCACCCGGUUGCAAGGGCCUAUUUAUCGCUGCUUGCAGCUUUAAUUAUUACUCUUUUCCUAAAUAAAUUGCAUUUUUGAGGGCCUAACCAUACCCGAUGUUACAACCCGCGAUAUUCCGCGGGUAUGUAUUGUGUUGUUUUUUUAGUGUGUAUAAAUCUGUGCAGGGCGAGACAUUCGAGAUUCCAGUCUGAGCCUUCCUGCCCUGCCUUGGAUACUGCUCCCUCACCUUUGUGUGCUGCUCUGCCCCCAAGAUGACAUCAUAAAUGGGCGACAGUAUUUAACUGUGAGAGAAGCCAGUGCUGACAGGUUCGUUUUGCCAAUGCUCACUCUUUCUGCUUGUGUGAUUGUGCUGUUAGUCUAACUAUGAGUUUGAGUUGCCCUUUGAUUUCUGGUUGCUGGUUGUAUAUAGUUACAUUGCUGUAUUUUUUCUUUGUACAUAUCAAACAUUGUAUAUAUUUCACUGGUAGUAGAGGUUUGACUGCCAUUUCUGUUAGGAGUGUGUUCUAAUCUCUGUUUUUGGUUAGGUAGUGUAGGGAAGCUAAUUGUCUUUUGUUUAUUUUUGUUUUUAGGUAAGUUAGUUUCCCUCCACAGCAGUUUUUGUUUGUUGUUUUGGCUUUGGUCCACCCUGAAGUUUUCCCCAGAUUAUCUGUGGUGUAUAGCAGAUGUGUGUACAUAGCCUUUAAAUACUACAAUAUACCACCCUUUUGAGCCACUUCUGUGUGUCAUCUGUCUGUUACUUCAAAUAUCACUUACUCCACCUUACAUUACCCUAUGCCUUUAAUUAUGCUGUGCAACCUAACCCUAGACUGAUUCGUAACAGAACUGGGGGCACGUCUGGGAUCGUCAACAGUUGUACUUGGUGUUUUUUUUUUUACUUGGUUUUUUUUUUUUUUUGUGCAUGUUAUGGUUGGUUUGAGAGCUCCUUUUUUCAUAAGGGUUAUUAUAUUGUGGUUUGGUUGUUAUUUGUGAGCAUGGCAGGGUUUGAUUUGACUAUGUUUACGCUUUGUCCUACCUUAGAGGAGUUUGAUAAGUGUAGGAAAGGUGUUACUUUUAUAUCACAGAUUUCUUUAAUAUUUCGGUGCCAUGGUUAGAUAAUAAGAAGGUGGUUAAGGCUGUUCUGUAUGAGGCACUAGCAGCUCAGCAUGUCUUACCUGAGCAUGACGUGCUUCUGGGUGUUGCCCAUCUGCCAAUCCUGGCUUUUGUCGCAGCAGAGGCCGUUCCAGAGGUUGGAGGUGGGUUGGGGGCCUAUUUAGACCAUGAAUCGCCGGUAGCCAGUUCAGUAGACCCUGGUUGGCAACUUGUUUUGAAGGAGCUGGAGUUGGAAAUUAAGUGGCAAGAGUAUCAGACGCAGUUGCUGUGCAUUCGGGAGAGGCAGUUGGACACUGAGGGGGAAAAGCUCGACCUUGCUGCUCAGAGUCGUAAGCCAGUGACUCAUCCACAGAAGUUCUGCUCUUCUGCAGCAGGUUUCCCUGCUCCCGUUGGUGCUGAUGUCCCCAAUGCACUGGUAUCACCAUUUGCGCCGAUUCAGUCUUCACCUAAAAAAAUUGUAGCAGUGGCCCACAGCUUACUGUUGAGCAGCUGAAGCGAAUAGAGCAGAAGAGACAUGAAGCUAUGAGGAGGCUUGCUGCUCGCAAUGAUCCUAUGCCCAUUGGAGAGAGCUGGAGCAUCCACAUCGGUACUGAAUUCGGCAAACCUUACUUCACUGAGCUGAUGUCUUUUGUCACUGAGGAGAGGAAACAUUUUACUGUCUAUCCAAGCAAAGAGCAAGUCUUCUUUUGGACACACGUGUGUGCAUUUGAGGCUGUGAAAGUGGUCAUCCUUGGCCAAGACCCAUAUCCCAGACAAGGUCAGGCUCAUGGUCUGUGCUUCAGUGUACUGAGGCCUUCACCACCACCUCCAAGCCUGGAAAAUAUAUUCACUGAACUUGCAAUAGAUAUCAAAGAUUUCCAACACCCUGGCCAUGGAGACCUGACAGGAUGGGCUAAACAAGGUGUUCUGCUUCUGAACUCUGUCCUAACCGUGAGAAGCAGAGAGCCGACAUCCCAUCAGGGUUGGGGAUGGGAGGAGUUCACUGAUGCUGUGGUUCGGAGCCUAAGUAGGAAUUUAAAAGGCCUGGUCUUCCUGCUGUGGGGAUCAUAUGCUCAGAGAAAAGGCAAAUUAAUCGACAGAUCACAGCAUCAUGUCCUUGAGACAAGCCAUCCCUCACCAUACUCUGCUCACAUGGGCUUUUUUGGAUGCAGACACUUCUCAAAAACUAACAUCUUACUUAUGGCAGCUGGAAAGACACCUAUUGAUUGGAAUGCACUGUGACCAAUGUACUUUUUAGUAAUAUUUUUAAAUGAUACUAUGGGUUUAUAAAUUUUCAGUAUAAUCAUAAUGUUAAAUGUUUGGGCAAAAUGUUACUGAGUCUAUAUGAGAUACGUAGUUUUACAACAUGUCAAAGAAACAAUGCUCCCUCUCUGCUGUGCUACACUAUUAUCCAGAAAAUCAUUUAUUAAAUAAGCAGUGUUGUAUAAAUUGUACAACUUGGAUGCAGUUUGCCUUAGUCUGCCUUGGGAUAUUGUUAAUACAUUACCAAUCUCAUUUCUUGAUUGAGUGGUUUUCCAUCCUUCCUUAAUGUUUAUAUAAACAAAGUCUUUUUCCUCUGCCAGACGUGACUGGUAAGUAGAGUAAGCAAUUAAUUAAUGUGUGCAAUAAAUACAUAUCCUGUUCUAGUCCUUCUAUAUUUCAUCCAAAAAUGGGUUAAAAUACAUAGUCCCACAUGAACAUGUUCACACCAAGGUCUACAACACAGUCAAAAAACUGUGUGCCUCUUCUAUUCCAAAUCACCUGAUAUACUACAGUACACACAGGUGUUUAA